GCACUAUCACCCAUAUAAUAGGCUACUACCUCCUUCUCAGCUCUGCGUCCUAGAAUGAGAUGAGUCUUUCAACGGUCACACAUGACGCUGGUCUGUUGUGGGCAACACUCCUCUCGCAGCCUCAUGCAACGGCGACCCUAAGCAGCGCACCGUUUUUAACGGUUGCUUCCUUAUUUUAUACGACCGAAAAAGGACGGUUUAACGGGAGAUUUCGACGAUGAGUAGCUUUAUGAAUAUGGCGUGUAUUGGAGACUUUGACCCGUUCACCGCUGCCAUUCCCGCCACCAAAGUUGAGCUCACGGUGUCGUGUAGAAAUCUCCUGGACAGAGACACAUUCUCCAAAUCAGACCCAAUUUGUGUGCUGUACACUCAAGGAAUCUCCAACAGGGAAUGGAGAGAGUUUAGUCGGACAGAGGUGAUAGACAACACACUGAAUCCAGACUUUGUCCGUAAAUUCCUCCUGGACUACUUCUUUGAGGAGAGGCAGAACCUCCGCUUUGACCUGUAUGACCUCGACUCGAAAAGCGACAACCUGUCUAAACAUGACUUCCUGGGCCAGGCGUUCUGUACCCUGGGGGAGGUGGUGGGCUCCAUGGGAAGCCGCAUGGAGAAACCUCUCAUUGGGAUUCCAGGGAAGAAGUGUGGAACUAUCAUAGUGAGAGCAGAGGAGCUGAGCAAUUGCAGGGAGUCAGUGAUGCUGCAGUUCUGUGGGAACAAGUUGGACAAGAAAGACUUCUUUGGGAAGUCUGAUCCUUUUCUGGUCUUCUACCGCAGUAAUGAGGACGGAUCGUUUACUAUCUGCCAUAAGACAGAGGUUGUAAAGAACACUCUGGACCCUGUGUGGCAGGCCUUCAAGAUCCCUGUCAAGGCCCUGUGCAACGGAGAUUAUGAUAGAAGCAUAAAGGUGGAGGUGUAUGAUUGGGACAGAGAUGGAGGGCAUGACUUCAUUGGGGAGUUCAGCACCAGAUACAGGGAGAUGUCGAGAGGCCAGUCACAGUUCCACACCUAUGAGGUGGUAAAUCAGAAGAAGAGAGACAAGAAGAAGAAGAGAUACCUCAACUCAGGAACAGUAACCCUGCUGUCCUGCCUGGUGGACAUGGAGCUCACCUUCCUGGACUACAUCAAAGGGGGGACUCAGAUUAAUUUCACGGUGGCAAUUGAUUUCACAGCAUCAAAUGGCAACCCGUCUCAGCCCACCUCCCUCCACUACAUGAGUCCGUACCAGUUGAAUGCCUAUGCCAUGGCUCUCAGGGCCGUGGGGGAGAUCAUCCAGGACUACGACAGUGACAAGAUGUUCCCUGCUCUGGGCUUCGGAGCCAAGCUGCCCCCGGACGGACGCGUCUCGCACGAGUUCGCUCUGAACGGGAACCCUCAGAACCCAUACUGCAGUGGGAUUGAGGGAGUGAUGGAGGCUUACUACCAGAGCCUCAAGUCUGUCCGCCUCUACGGACCCACACACUUCUCCCCUGUUAUCAACCACGUGGCCAGGUAUGCACAAUCAGUGAAAGACGGCUCCCAGUACUUCAUCCUCCUUAUCAUCUCAGACGGCGUCAUCACCGACAUGGCUCAGACCAAAGAGUCUAUUGUAAAUGCGGCUACUCUGCCCAUGUCAAUUAUAAUUGUCGGGGUUGGACCGGCGGAAUUUAAUGAAAUGAUUGAGCUUGAUGGAGACGAAGAGAGGAUCUCAUCUCAAGGGAGGUUCGCAGAGAGAGAUAUUGUUCAGUUUGUUCCGUUCCGUGACUACAUCGACCGCAGGGGGAAUCACAUUCUCAGUAUGGCCCGUUUGGCCAAAGAGGUCCUGGCUGAGAUCCCUGACCAGUUCCUCUCCUACAUGAGGACCAGGGGCAUCAAACCAGGCCCCUGUCCCCCUGCCUACACCCCCACCCCCGCCUUGCACCCCCUCCUCACCCGACGGGUCAGCCGAAUCUGAAGGGUAAGACGCCCCCCCUCGACCUCUUCCUCUUUAGCUUCUUCUUCUUCCUCACUGGAGUCAUUUCCACGCUCAUGUUGCACCUUUGUGGACUCUGGGAUUCCAUCAUCCGUGGCAUUGGUCAGCCCUUUCUGUGGAGAGGACAGACCGCCAUCGUCCCUCAGGAAGGACUUCCACUGAGAGGUUAGAGGUCAGAGGACGCAGUUUACUGGUCUGACCCAGGAGGUGGGUGAGUGACUGUAAUUGACGAGCCAGGAGCAGCAUCCAAUCUGUGGAGAACCUUUCAGAAGCGCAUUUCUGAUCUGUUAUUUCUAUGUCCUACUCUUCCUCUCAACUUCACUUCUCUUUCACCAACAGUCUCUUUCUAAAUGUUUACAAAAGUUGAGGAUGACGAGGAGGAUUCAUACUCGUGGACGCAUUUUUAUUUCUCUCUGAUUUGUACUCCAGAUGCUCUCUGGCUCUCCUUUUUUUAGCCACAGAGACUGGUGGUAGCGAUGAUGAAGAGGAUGAAGAUGAUGAUGAUAACAAGCCCAGGAGCCCCAUCCCAUGUGCGGUGUUUAUUUCUUUUUUACGGAGCAUGUUGUAGUCCUAGUAGAGAAGCAUGCAGUUAAAGUCCUGCACUCAGGGCCUCCUAGCUGAUCAUUUAUUUUACAACUACCACCUUUUAAGACAGUACCUUCACCACCUAUAAUCUUCCCACUAUAUUACGCUCUGUUGUCCGCCUACCUUGACUCAAAGGGGACUUCCUUCCUUCCCUUCAGAGUCUGGUCCUAUCAAAUACAGCAGGGCCUAAACCAGCCAUACUCUCUCUGCAUCCCAAAUGGCACCCUACAUAGUGCACUACUUUUGAGAGCCCCGGUCAAGCGUAGUGCACUAUAUAGAGAGUAGGGUGCCUCUUGGGAUGCAGAAUCUAUCCGUUGGAUACAUUCACAGUCGCCAUGCUCACAAGGAUUCUGGAAUAGUGGAAUCUCCAUCCAUGCAUGGGAGUCAAAAACAUACUUACCAGUUAAUUACACCACCACUUCCAUGUGUGUCCUCUGACUCUGGAGCUCAGUGGGAAAAUGUUGUUUUGUAUUUUCAGGAGCAUUCUCUCUUUAGUUUCUACCUAUUGCUUCACAUCAUGUCACUAAACCCUGUGGAUGGAUGUAUUUGUGUUUUGGAAAGGCAGGAUGUUAAGCAGUAAUAUUUCAGUCUAUCUUUUGGUUCACAAUGUCGCCUUUGUCUCUCACUGAGUGAAAACGUUUUACAUUUGCGUUCAACAUUUUACUAGCCUACACUACCGGUCAAAGGUUUUAGAACACCCACUCAUCCAAGGGUUUUUCUUAAUUUUUUCUAUUUUCUACAUUGUAGAAAAGUAGUGAAGACAUCAACACUAUGAAAUAACACAUUUGGAAUCAUGUAGUACCCAAAGAAAGUGUUAAACAAAUCAAAAUAUAUUUUAUAUUUAAGACUCUUCAAAUAGCUACCCUUUGUCUUGAUGACAGCUUUGCACACUCUUGGCAUUCUCUCAACCAGCUUCAUCUGGAAUGCUUUUCCAACAGUCUUGAAGGAGUUCGCACAUAUUCUGAGCACUUGUUGGCUGCUUUUCCUUCACUCUGCGGUCCAACUCAUUCCAAACCAUCUCAGUUUGGUUGAGGUUGGGGGAUUGUUGAGGCCAGGUCAUCUGAUGCAGUACUCCAUCACUCUCCUUCUUAGUAAAAUAGCCAUUACACAGCCUGGAAGUGUGUUGGGUCAUUGUCCUCUUGAAAAGCAAAUGACAGUCCCACUGAGCCCAAACUAUAUGGGAUGGCGUCUGCAGAACGCUGUGGUAGCCAUGCUGGUUAAGUGUGCCUUGAAUUCUAAAUAAAUCACAGACAGUGUCACCAGCAAAGCACAACCAAACCAUCACACCUCCUCUAUGCUUCACGGUGGGAACCACACAUGCGGAGAUCAUCCGUUCACCCACACCGCAUCUCACAAAGACACGGCAGUUGGAGACAAAAAUCUGAAAUUUGGACCAAAGGACAUUUUUCCACCGGUCGAAUGUCCAUUGAUCGUGUUUCUUGACCCAAACAAGUCUCUUCUUCUUAUUGUUGUCCUUUCGCAGUGGUCUAUUUGCAGCAAUUCGACCAUGAAGGCCUGAUUCACACGGUUUCCUCUGAACAGUUGAUGUUGUGAUGUGUCUGUUACUUGAACUCUGUGAAGCACUUAUUUGGGUUGCAAUUUCUGAGGCUGGUAAUUCUAAUGAACUUAUCCUCUGCAGCAGAGGCAACUCUGGGUCUUCCAUUCCUGUGGCGGUCCUCAUGAGAGCCAGUUUCAUCAUAGCACUUACUUGAUGGUUUUUGCGACUGCACUUGAAGAAACUUUCAAAGUUCUUGAAAUGUUCUGUAUUGACUGACCUUCAUGUCUUAAAGUAAUGAUGGAUUCUUUGCUUAUUCUAACUGUUCUUGCCAUAUGGACUUGGUCUUUUACCUUGGUCUGGUUACUACAUGAUUCCAUAUGUGUUAUUUCAUAGUUUUGAUGUCUUUAGUAUUAUUCUACAAUGUAGAAAAUAGUAAAAAUAAAGAAAAACCCUUGAAUGAGUAGGUGUUCUAAAACUUUUGACCAGUAGUGUAUAUCAGAACAUAAUUACAGCACUUAUAUAGUUGCAGUCAGCUUGUAGAUUCAUUCCAGUUUCCACUCUCAAUUUGCUCAGAAAACCUGGCAGUUGACCAAGAAAUGAGAUCCUCUGGUUAUUUCCUUCUAUUUCAACAUUAUUUAAUAUCGCCCUUCCUCAUAGCAACAACCCUUGCUUCAGUGGCUUCAGUUCAGAUUAACCUAGUGUAUGGCAAAGUGGGGUGGGGGUGAUUUCAAAGCCCCUCCCCCCUCCAAGGAAAUUGAAGCUCUUUUAGGACUAAUGCAUUUCUACACAAUUUAAAAACUCUAAAAUGGUAAUUGGAGAACAGCAAAAACAAACAAAAAUGGCCCCAGCCAUUAAUUAUCACCGCAAUAUUAGGUUUAAAGGUCUGUGGAAGGGUGUGUACAGACUGCUCAACCUCAUCAUAAAUUGACUAAUUUACUAGUGGAAAACCGCAUACAGUGCAGCAUGAAACGAUGCAUAAUACACACUAUAAAGUCACAACAAGGCCGACUUCAAACACCAACAUCAGUGUUAAAUUAACCGGACUAUAAAACAGUUGACCAUGAAUGCAAACUAUGCCAGAGAAAUCAUACACGGGCAUUGAAAUAAAAGGCAUACAAUCAAAGGACUUAGACUUACUUAGACCUACAAUCGACAGGGAUGCAUGAAGACAAACAAAGUCGACCACAGAAUAACGAAAAUCACGAAAUACAAAAUGAAAAUCUGGGAUUCCUGGGAUUCACCUGGGAUUCAGCACUGCCACAUGGACAGCGCCUCGGAACAGGUAGGCAUAGUGGAGCUCUGUGGCGUGGUGCUGAAUGGACAGCGCCUAUGUCUAGUAGCCAGCUAUAGUGGUGUGGUGUAAAGCUCGCCGCCAUUGGACUCUGGAGCAGUGGGAUCACGUUCUCUGGGGUGAUGAAUAACACUUCACCAUCAGGCAGUCCGACGGACGAAUCUGGGUUUGGCGGAUGCCAGGAGAACACUACCUGCACCAAUGCAUAGUGUCAACUGUGAAGUUUGGUGGAGGAGGAGUAAUGGUCUUAGUUACAGCAUACAAUGACAUUGUAGAUGAUUCUGUGCUUCCAACUUUGUGGCAACAGUUUGGGGAAGGCCCUUUCCUGUUUCAGCAUGACAAUGGCCCUGUGCACAAAGUGUGGUACAUACAGAAAUGGUUUGUGGAGAUCUGUGUGGAAUAACUAUUGUAAAUUGGCACUCCACAUGUAAAAGGUUGCCGACCCAAUGCUACAGGCUAUAUGAAGUCACUCUUGUAGAACGGUGCAUACAGUGUACUGAGACAGUAUCUCCUGCGAUUCUCACCAACAUUGUCUUGUGCUCUUCCUGCUCAUUUCUUAAUUUGCCUGUCUGCAUUACUCGCCAGGGAUGCGAAAAUGUCGACGAGGUGACUCUGAGAAUAUCGAAACAUAUCAACGAACGAGGCAGUUUAGAGAAUAUUGAAAUACUUUGUAUAAACAAGGUGGUUCCGAGAAUAUUGAUUGUAACAUUGUAGCCAACGAGGGGGCAGCUCGAACACAUUUUUCGACAGGCCAGCUUGUCUCUGUCUGAUGUAAUUGCGUUGCUUAAGCAGUAGUUGCACUAUCUUGGUGCUCAUUAUAUAAAAUAAAAUAAACAUCCAGGCAUCCACACUAUAGCUAAAUAACUUAGCAAUAAUUAAUGAUAUUUUCCCAGCCAGAUUGAUCAUUAAGAACAUCUCAUUUUAAUUAAGGAAGAUGGACAAGCAAGACUGAUAAAGUGAGAGGUGGAAAUUCAUUACACCAGAGGCAGGUAGGCUACAGGUAGGGAUGCAGGCAGAGGAUUAUGAGGAAGUAGGCAUACAGCAAGUUUAAAAAAAAGUUCAUAAUAAUAAUCAUUAAUAAUUAGCAUUAUCUCAAUUAGGCCUAUCAUUUUGUCACUGCAUGACUAUGCACAUUUGUUAUAGCCUACAACUGUUAUUGUUUUGAAGCCUAAAACAGGACAUGUAAUAUGUGGAAAUGCUCUAAAUAACAAGUUGUUUAGUUGUGUUUAUUUUCAUACGAAAUCUUGAAACCAAAAUUGCACUAGCCUACUGGGCAAAUUGAUGAAAAUAUCAAUUAGCCAUUACACCUAUCACAACCUAUUUUUUAAUAGCAAUAAAAUAGCUUUUGGUUAUGAAUGGUCACCGGAAAGGAGGGCUCUCCCCCACCUCCCAAUUCCCAAUUCAAUUAUUCCCUGGCUAUCAUAUUACAGCAAGGUUUACAAGGCCGAGUUCAAAUGCCCACAUCAAAUUCAAAGCAAUCGCGCACUGCCUAAAUGGCUGACUGGCAAAGCAAACUGGCACUGGGCUUGUUAGAGUGGUAAGGCUGAAGUAACCGGUUUCAGACAAAAGUUGGGAAGUAAAGUCAGCGGAGGUGCAUCUCUACAGCCGAAAGUCGGACACUAUAUGUGACUUUCUAACAGCAAGACUCAGUGCAACAUGGCAGUGUUGCCAUUGUUUAUACAAGUGUUUCUUUGUCGAAAUUAACAUGUCUCCAACCGCCGUAUCAUACACAAAUGUAAAUAUCUGUGUACAUUGUACUAUCAAUUGGGGAGAGAAAAAUGCAAAUAUCACAUUAAUUUGUACAUCUCCACUGUACACAUAUGAAUUGCGGCAAAGUUGCUUCCUGUUUCAGUCACGUCUUUGGUCCCGUUCAUGUGGGUCAAACAAAAACACUAAUGAUUGACUGACAAAUAGUGCCUCCCACAAUGCAGGCAAUGGCUGAAAGUUGCAGCUGGUGAGGAGCAACUGCAGAAAAUUUAAGUCGACUGCAAUCGAAACUUCAUGACCUUUGAUCACAUAGUUGUUGUAAUGUUCAUGCAGUCGACAUGUAGUCUGAGAAUUUUUAUCCCCAUAAUGCAACACACUUUGAAAGGGACUUGACAAAAGUGAUCCGAUUGAACACGGCCACUAUCUCUGCUCUCUGCUUUUUAAAAGUGAGACAAAAGGCACCCAGACUGGCAGCUGCUCUCUGAGCGAUACUCUGCAUGGUCCUAAAGCUAGCCAUCCAGUACACUAAACAGCGGUUUCAUUUUAGUCGGGAUUGGAAUGGGAUUAGUCUACUUUUUUUUGCCUACUUUACGUGUUUGAGUGACCACCAUACCCAACUGACCCCCCUGCCUUAGUUACACCUUAGUGAAUACAUUUUUUGUUUGUUAUUUGCGUUCAUAUUUCUCUCUCGUUGGGUUGAAUUACUCAAACUCAAUCAGGUAAAUGCGCUCACUUUUCACCCAGCUCUAUAUGACAGUGUAAUGGUAAGAAGUCAAAGUACCAAAACAUUGUCUGCAUCUCAAAUGGCACCCUAUUCCCUAUAUGGUGCACUACUUUAGACCCGGUCCCAAACCGGACUGUAACCAUAUAAUUAUAAUUAUAUUGCUAUGGAACUGGACCAAACCAGCCUAGACUAGAUACAGUAUGACCAGACAAGAACAGCACCUUCCAUUUUAAAGCUUCACACUGGAGAGUUGAACAGCAUCUGCCUAGGACUGGGACUCUGGCUCUCUCUUGCUCCCAAACAGAAGGCUAGGGCAUUUGAUUAUUUAUCACGACAAGAUGUCAACUUCAUCUCACACACUCACGUAUAUAUACAGUACAUACUGUAUAGGUAUUUCUGUAUGAAACAUGCAUUAAAAACGUGCAUAACGUCUGGAGAAGAGGGUACACUAACAGCAAACAUGAUUUAUAUUCUCACACAAUGAAACAUUCUAUGGAACAAUCUAUAGACCAGUCUAUGGAACAUUCUACAGAAAAUGUUAUGGAACAUUCUAUAGACCAGUCUAUG